AUGCAAUUUCACGGUGAACGACGUAUAGCAGCUACAAGUGAUUAUGGAAAAUUGAAACAAUCAGAUUUACAUUUACCCUACAUGGGUAAAUCGGAAGAUCGAACGCUUUAUGUUCAAAAUGUACCAGAAACGUGGGAUAAAUGGAAGCUGCUUCAUAUAUUUCGACAAUUCGGACGAAUUGAUAACAUCAAAAUUGUAAGAAAACAUGAAGAUUCAUUAACAUGCGCAUUUAUUCAUAUGAUGUCAAUUGCUGAUGCAAAUUCCGUUAUUACCGCAACAGCUCAUGAUGAUGGCAAAAUACUGCUACCGGAACUAUCGAAACCGCUCAAGAUUCAAUUUGUAAGACAGAAAGGAAAUACAAACUGGAAAACGGAUUUAUCAACGACUGUUGAAAGAGAAACGGAAAGAAUGAAAAGUUACUUCUCUAUUAUUGAUAGACCGGAAUUAGCUCUGACAGAAGGAAAUAUUCGUAAACCGAUUAUCUACCAUGACCGCCUUCAUCGUCAUGACUAUCUACCGUUGGGAAAGCCAGUACAGGUCGAACUUGUUCAACCAAUAACGGAAAAUCAAUUUCUGCAGUGGCCAAUGAUGUUUUAUGUGUUCACUGAAACUCAUGAAUGUGAAGCAGAAAAUUUAUUAAUUAAUAAUGAAGAUUUGGAUGGUCAUAUUGCAGCUCAUUUUAAACGUGCACCUCAGGUGACACAUGUAGUGGAGAAUGAAUUGCUAGUUGCAGCACCAAGAGAGCCAAAUCAGGUACCACUUCGUUGUCGCGUACUGGAAAAAUUGGAUGAUGAAAAAAUUCGUAUCUAUGCAUUGGAUAUAGGACAAACAUUGGUGGUGCAAAUGAGUGAAUUGAAAAUUAUCAGUGAAUAUCUGGCAUCUAUACCAGCUCGAGCUGUUCCAUGCGUACUGUACGGUGUUACUAAGCCAACAGCAAGAUUUGCAAAUGUUGCUCGUCGCAUUCUGGAAAAUAUUAAUCGUCUCGCUGUAUUAGUUGUAAGCUUCGAAGGUGGUAUUGCUCUUGUUAGAGCAUUUAAAUUAAAUGGAUUACCUGUAACUGAAAUUGCACAAAUUCUCACUUACGAAGGUGCUUGUGAUUACAAACCACCAAAUAAGCGAAAAAUUUAUCCACGGGAAACAAUCUUAUCAUUGAGAGCACAAAAAAGAAAAUUAUCAAUUUUGAAUGAUGAAGUGGCAGAUGCUAUUUUGAUUUAA